UUUCGGCUUCAAUAAGACGUCAAGGUUGGCGCGGGCAUUUUAAAACUUUUCCUUUCCCCCUGUGGUGUCGCCAAAAUUAAAACUGUUGAUUAAACUGUUAAACCAAUGAACGAGUGGUUGCAUGUCGCUGCUGCAUCUGCAUGUUUAAUUGUUAAGACCUGCAUCUUAAUAUAAGUAGGCGUGAGUAAAGGUAGGCCCACUGGGUAGGGUGUUUGCCACAAAUAACCAACUGUCGAUAAUCAUAUGUUACCACUAUGGCAACAAAGUUCAUCACCAGGAAUUUUUUGGGGCUCUUAGUAGUGAUAGUACUCGCACUCGGGCUUUAUGCAGUUAACGGUUUCGAAAAUUAAAGAAGAAGAACAAGAGGUAAGGACCACACACGCAGUUAUGUGAAGUUGACUCAACACCCCUCGUUUGCCGUGCCAUACGAUUUAACCAUGUACGAUCCAUGGAAGUGCGGAACCUCUUCAGUUACCCAGGACAGGACAAGGCAACUGAAAAUUAAAGAAAAUCACAUUCAGAUGAAUGUACCUGAACAAAUCUACCCUGGCUCUACAGUAUUUUCACGGGAGGAGCAGAUUAAAGGACGCAAACUGGUGUCUUUGGGGUGUCGUGUGGUUACUGCAAAGGACGAGUCUACAAAGCUUUACAUUCUGAUGCGAUUCUCUAACAACACCAUAACCCGGGAGAUUUGUGAAAAAAUCUGCGAAAAACACAGAUUUUAUCUUACCGCCAUCAAAGUCAGCUCCGGAGAUUGCUAUUGCAGUGCUUUUGUGCCAAAGAUGCUUGGUGUGGCAUGUUGGAUAGCGUGUAAAAGAGGAGAUUGCAGCAAAAAUCACCGGUUUGUAUUUUACAAAGCUAAAGUUUCAGAGGUCAACAGCAGUUGCGGGGCCAUUUCAUUAGCCCAGCCGGGCACUUGGCAGCCUAUAGCAUUGGCUAGUUAUCCCGGAAGUGGAAAUACUUGGACUCGGCACCUCCUGCAGUACGCCACAGGGCAGUUUACUGGCAGUGUUUACAGAAGCGGGGAUCUUUACAUGAGUGGGUUCCUCGGAGAGUUAGAGGACUACAAGUCAGGGUCAACUAUUACCAUCAAAUCCCACGUUUUCCUGCCAAACUGCACUGGAGCUAUUCUGCUGAUCAGGAAUCCAUUUGAUGCCGUACUAUCUCAUUUCAAUUUCAAGAUGACAAGCAGCCAUGUAAACCAUGUAGAAGAAAGUAGCCUGCAAGGUAAAGAGUGGAGAAACUUUGCUAUGUAUAGCAUUGGAAUCUGGAGUGAUUUCAUUUUUAAAUGGCUUCUUGACGGUCCUAAUGUUCUGGUGGUUUACUACGAGGACAUCCUAGAUGACGUAUCCACCGAAAUCAGAAGAAUGGUGAAAUUCCUAACGAAUGCCUACCCAACGAAGGACAGGCUACAAUGCACCGUCGAAUGGCAGGAGGGCCUUUUCCAUCGCAAAGGAAAAAAUAGAAAUAACUUGGAUUACUAUGAUCAGGAGAUGCAAAACUUAUUCAUGCGACAUAUUAUCGCAGUCUCCAUGGCCUUACAGGCAUACAAACAAAUAUCUCUGCCUAACAGCUACAGUCCAAAGGGUUUUAAAACUGACUCUUGGCCUUUGUUGGAGACAGAAAUGUCAUUGCUGCAAAAAAGAAUUUUUAAGGGAAAGCAAUUGAUACGUUUGAAAAAUGCAUAACGCACGUGUAGGCAACCAUUACAGAGAAGAUGCAUAACUAUUUUGUCGUUUACAAAGCACAAAUUGACCCGACCGUUGAACGUUGAAUAUUAUCAAGACGUGAUACAUAUGUGAUUAUAGCGCAACCACAAAGUCAUGAGCAUUUUUUUCCUACUGUGAACUUAAGAAAUGCAUUUUCAGUACAUGGCAAAGUGUAAAACAAUGCGGGUGCCACUAAAUGCUCACCUGCAUAUUUUUUUGGACAGAACAAGAACAUUCUUGUUUGUAUAAGUUGCCAGGACAUAUGUUUAGAUUGUGUGCUGAUAUACUAAGUGUUUGUUAGAAUUGAUGGAUGUUAAGUGUCAUUUAUUUUGAUAUACAGAUAAUGAUUGGAAAUAAAGAAAUUAUGCGUGUGUUAACAAAUAUACAUGGUUGUUGGUAGGUGACAAAACUAACUUUUAUCUCUAUUGCAUACCCUUCAGAAAAUGUAACUUAAUUGUUGCUUUGUAUGUAAUAAAUUUUGCUCUGUUUUGCCAAAAA